AUGCCUACCAUUUCCGUGGACAAGGCCGAGCUGUUCAAAGCUUUGGGCAGAGAGUACACCACCGAGGAGUUCGAUGAGCUAUGCUUCGAGUUCGGCAUUGAGCUCGAUGAGGAUACCACCAACUCGAAGCGCCCCAUCGUUGAUGGCGUCGAGGAGCCUCCCCAGCUGAAGAUUGAGAUACCCGCCAACAGAUAUGACAUGCUUUGCUUCGAGGGCAUUGCCCUCAACCUGAACAUCUUCCUCGGCAGGGCUACCUUGCCCAACUUCAGACUAUCGGCUCCUGCGGGCGGCGAGCUCCAGGUUAUGAACGUUGACAAGGAGACUUCGAGGAUAAGGCCGCUUGUCUCUUGCGCCAUCCUGCGCAACGUCAAGUUCACCAAAUCGCGCUAUGAGUCUUUCAUUUCCCUGCAGGACAAGCUCCAUCAGAACCUUGCUAGGCAACGUACCCUGGUGUCCAUCGGUACCCACGACCUGGACACGAUCAAGGGCCCCUUCAGCUACGAGGCCCACGCGCCCGAGGACAUCAAGUUCGCCCCUCUGAACCAGGAGAAAGAGAUGACGGCCAAGGAGAUGAUGGAGUUCUAUGACAAGGACAAGCAUCUCGGCCGCUACCUGCACAUCAUCCGUGACUCCCCCGUCUACCCCGUCAUUUACGAUGCCAACCGCACCGUUCUCUCGCUCCCGCCUAUUAUCAACGGCAACCACUCUAAGAUCUCUCUGGACACCACCAAUGUCCUCAUUGAGAUCACCGCCCUUGACAAGACCAAGGUGGAAAUCGUGAACCACAUCAUCUGCGCUAUGUUCAGCAUGUACUGCGAUGAGCCCUUCACCGUCGAGCCUGUCAAGGUUGUAUCAGACCACAACAAUGAGACGCGCGAAUCGCCCGAUUUGACGCCUCGUGAGAUGCAGGCCGAGGUCGAAUACCUGAACCAGGUUUGCGGCCUGGACCUCUCCCCCGAGGAGAUUUGCAAGCUGUUGCAGCGCAUGUCUUUGGAUGCGAAGCCGUCCAAGUCCGACAGCAAGUUCCUUGACGUUUCUGUCCCCGUCACUCGCGCCGAUGUCCUGCACCAGUGCGACGUCAUGGAAGAUUUGGCCAUUGGUUACGGCUUCAACAAGUUGCCCCGCGAGUACCCCAACCGCAGCUCGGCCGUCGGUGCGCCGCUCAAGAUCAACAAGCUUGCUGAUAUUGUGCGUAUGGAGUCCGCCAUGGCAGGUUGGUCGGAAGUGAUGCCGUUGAUCCUGUGCUCGCACGAUGAGAACUUCGCAUGGCUGAACCGCAAAGAUGACGGCACCACGGCAGUGCGUCUGCAGAACCCCAAGACCCUUGAGUACCAGAUUGUGCGCACGUCGUUGCUGCCCGGUCUUCUCAAGACGAUCCGCGAGAACAAGCAUCACGCCGUGCCCAUCAAGAUCUUCGAGGUCAGCGACGUCGCUUUCAAGGACCUGAACCAGGAGCGUAAGAGCAGGAACGAGCGCCACUUCGCUGCGGCUUGGUACGGCAAGACCAGCGGUUUCGAGGUCGUCCACGGCCUGCUUGACCGCAUCAUGCUGAUGCUGAGGGCGGCUUUCAUCACGAGGGAGGAUGCGCUCAAGAACGACAAGCUCGGUGGUUACUGGAUCGAGGAGGUCAACGACCCUACCUUCUUCGCCGGUCACGCCGCCUCCAUCAACCUUCGCCUUGACGGCAAGACCCAAGUCGUCGGUGUCUUUGGUAUCCUGCACCCGACUGUGCUUAAGAACUACGAACUUCCGUUCCCCACGACGGCUCUGGAGCUCAACCUCGAGGCCUUCCUGUAA